AUGCAGUCUGGCGCAGAAAUCGGCGAGAUCAACGCACAGCGGUUGCUGGAGUCUCGUCUUCCCUUCCAGAUCCCGCGGUACUACUUCGCGGAUGUCUCCAAUGAGACAUCCAACUGGAUCCUCAUCACUGAGCGGAUACCCUUCGGUCUCAAGGACGGUGAUCGGAAGGUGGACCCCGCCUAUGAGAAGAUGAUGGACUGGGAACUGAAAGGGACCAUGGAGGAGUACUACUUUCUGCUGGUGAAGAAGGGUGCCCAGAUGGCCGGUAUGGACAAGGCAGAGAAGCUGGCACCACGCAGUGCCAUGGACAGCUUCUUCGGCCCGGGUUUUAAGCCCAAGGAGAUGUACGGCAUGAGAAAGGAGAGCACCGGCAUGGGCGAGGGUGAGUUGAAGGUAAAGCUGAAGAUGGGUGCGGAUUUCAUCGGCACCACAGGAAAGGCGCUCUUUCCCGCCGAGUGCUCCACGCCGAAAUUCAUCGAGUCCUACAAGAAGAUCCUCACGACUGCGAAUGCGUAUGCUGCAGAGAUUGUCUGGUGGUGCAACCGCAACCCCGACUACAUCGCAUGGAGCCACGGCAACCUGAACGUGGAUAAUGUCUUCUUCUGGCGAACCGCCGAGGGUGCUCUGGACCUCGGCAUUCUGGACUGGGGAGGUGCUUCCAGUGGCUCCAUGGGAUGGAAGCUCUGGUGGUGGCUGUACUGCUGCGAGUAUGACUUUCUGAACUCCACUUUGGAUCAGCUGCUGGAUACUUUCAUCGCCGAAUACCAGGCGAAUGGAGGCCCUGCGCUCGACCGGGAGGAGCUCCGAUGGCAGUUCACCCUCUCCGCGCUGGCUCAGGGUGUGGGUCUUCUUGGCGCCGUGCCGCAGAUCUACAAGAUGUGCAAGAAGACGGAGUGGCCCACCAUCAAGAGCCGAAAGGACCCACGCAUCGUUAACAACAUCGAUGGCAAGAACACACUGCGCAUCUAUAUCGGAACCUUCAUUAAUAUUUGCAACAUGAUCAAGGACUGGGAUAUUGAGCGAAAACUGGACAACUGGACUAAAGAAGUGUGCGCCGCUGCCGGGAUUCCGCAGAAGGAGAUUGUUGUUCCUGUCUGA